AGGAGCAGCAGCACCGCCUCCCCGCCCGGGCAGCCCCAGCCGGGCGCAGGUCCCGGGCGCGCAGAGCCGCAGCGGGGAUGGUUCCCAUCGUCCUGGAGGUGACCUGCAGCUUUGUGGCCUGGCUGUGUCUCUACAGCUGCUUGUGCCGCUGGAACAGGCAGCGUUCCUGCAAGUGGAGCUGCCGCCUGGUGACCCUCCUGCACGGGCUCAUUGUCACCUGCCUCUCUGGCUAUGUCAUGUUCCUGGAUGGCCCCUGGCCUCUGACCCACGCAGGUUCACCAAACACCCCUCUCCAGAUCCACGUGCUGUCCCUGACCUUGGGCUACUUCAUCUUUGACCUGGGCUGGUGCCUGUACUUCCAGACCGAGGGGGACCUGAUGCUGCUCCACCACACCCUGAGCAUCUGUGGCAUGAUCCUGGUGCUGGGGCUGGGCAAAUCCGCCACGGAGGUGAACGCCGUGGUGUUUGUCAGUGAAAUCACCAACCCCCUGCUCCAGACCCGCUGGUUCCUGAGGGAAAUGGGCUCCUACCACACUUCCCUGGGGAAACUGGUGGAUUUCCUCUUCGUGCUGCUCUUCCUGGUGCUGCGGAUCGGGGCGGGAGCGUGGAUCAUGUACGGCAUGGUGACAUCCCCUGAGCCCAACUGGCUCCUCAAGGCCGGGGGCCUGGCCAUGUACGUGGUGUCCUUGGGGUUCAUGGUUGAAAUUUGUCGCUUUGUGAGGAGGAAAUUGUGGGAAAAAGCACCUUCCCUGCAGGCACAGUCUCUUCAGGAGUAGGAGUGGAAACUUCUUGGCUGCUCGUUGAUGGGUUGUGGAGGAUGUUCCCCUGGGUUUGGGGCCUGCCUGCUGGAGCUUGUUCCUGUGAAAAGAGCUCCUCAAAUGACACGGAAUUGACUUUCUGCUGCCCCUGGAGGAGAUGGAUCGGUGCUAGGAACACGGAAAGCUGAGAGAAGAGGGAUUGGAGUGGAGACUGAGGAGCCUGGCACUGAUUCCCUGAGUUCUCCAGCAAUGCCAGAGAUGAUCAAUCUGCAACCAAUAAUUGCACAGUUUGUAUGUUCUGUCCUCAUUUCCAAUGCAGAGUAGAGAAAAACAUGAAAAAAUCCCAUUUUCCUGCCAGUGGGACUGGGUAAGGGGAGUGACCUGGCAAAGCCUCACCCUCCUGAAUAAUCCUGGAUUUGGACAAUGUGCUUGGCUAAAUGCUCGAGUGAAAGACUCUGAACAAGGCUGAAGUGCUUGCAGGGGUGUAGUGGAGUUGUCCUUUGAGUGUGAAGUGAUGGUACUCAAGGUGAGGCAAUGUUUUACCUCCUUGUUUUUAAUGACACAUUUCCUUUACUCCUUUUUUAACACUUCCAUUGGGUGCUGAUCUCAGGGCAGAGGGAUUUCUCUGGGACUGACUCAGGCCCUGGCAAACAAGAGUCAGGAAUUAGAUUGUGCCAAUAAACUCUGUGAGCAGGUGCUGGCCUGGGCUGGGAUUGCUUAAGAAGAAUAUUCAGGAUUUUUGUGGGAGAGGGAGGGUAGUGAAGAGCCCCCCUGGAUGCUCUUUCUGUUCUUGGGUUGGCUCAUUUGCAAACCCCUUAAGCUGAAUUCAUGGCUAAUGAGUCAAAAAUGUGACAAUUUCCAGGGGUGACAGGAAUGUUUAGGCAGAUCUGGGUGUGACAUCUGCUCCACACCAGCAGGUCUCGGAGCAUGGAACAGUUCUCUCGUUUUCUUUACCUCUCAGAAUCGUGUUCUGACCUUUUCCCUGGGGUUUUAAUGUGAAUUUCCCUCUGUUCAAGGCCACAGUUCAGAUUUAGCCUCCUCCAAAAGCCUCACUGAGAGCUGAGAAGCAAAUGCAGAGGUGAGGGAGGGGAGCAGUGGGGAUGCAGCUCCUCCACUGCCUUUAUCUCACUGAAUUUGGCUCUGUUCAGGGCAGAUACCAGCCUGUGGCUGGGGCUCCUCGAGGUGUCUGGAGAGAUUAAAAAAUAACCUGAAAUAACCUCAUUUUGGGCACAUCAACUGAAGGCAUUGCAGCUGUGAACCCGGGCAAGUUCCUGGGAAUGUUUUUGGGAAAGCAGGAGCCAGAGUGGCCUCCUGAGGUGUGGGCACCUGCCAGGCUCUGUGUUCUUCCAAAAACUCCUCUGAGUCACAGAACUUCUAAUAAAAACAUGUUCUCUUUUGACAAAGAA